CGCUCAUUUCGCUGCUGAACGAGCUUUUGCUGUGAAGUAACGCGAGAUCUGGUAGGUAACGCGAGAGCUGCGGGCUGGUGCCUCAGUCUGUGUCGCUGCUGGUCUCUUCGUGGGUUUGUUGUGUAAAUGUCCUGCGUGAUGUUCUGCCGGGAUUAGUCCACGCGUCCAAGAGGACAACAUGGCGGCGGCGACAGAAGGUGUCCCCCUCCCCACUCCCACGGAGGACAUGAACGGGGCCGGGUCGCUCAUGGACUUCCUGGACGAGCCGUUCCCCGACGUGGGGACCUACGAGGACUUCCACACCAUCGACUGGCUGAGGGAGAAGUCCAGGGACACGGACCGGCACCGAAAGGUUCUGGAGGGCUGGGUUCGGCUUGUGGGGCGAUGCCCACCCGCUCACCGUGUGCGUGUUUGUCCCGCAGAUCACCAGCAAGAGCAAAGAGUCCAUCUGGGAGCUGAUCAAGAGCCUCCUGGACGCCUGGUCCGGAUGGGUGGUGAUGCUGCUCAUCGGCCUGCUCUCUGGUACCGACCGACCCGGUUCCGUCCGGGACCCGGUUCUGUCUCUGUAACUCUGGUGGCGCCACUAGGUGUCGCUCUCCCCGCAGCCUGAGGCUCCAUCAAGGGGAAACUGGAGGUCAGGUGUUGAUUUCC